GCUGCUUCUCUCUCCUUCUUUUCCCUUCUGUUUUCCCGUCUUUCCCAAUCUGGGAGGACAGCAGGAUGGAGGACAGGGAGUGGACCGUGUGCCUUCUUGUCAUUUUGGCAUUGGGGUGGACUGAUGCUCAGACUAACGACACUAACUUAAGGCCAGUCUUCCUCUGUGGAGGCCACCUGGUCACAGACUCUGGUAUCGUGGCCAGUGAAGGUUUCCCCAGCUUCUACAAACCCAACAGCAAAUGCAUCUGGUACAUCACUGUCCCAGAAGGUCAUGUGGUCAUGCUGUCUUUCCGCCUCUUUGACUUGGAGGCUGACCCCACCUGCCGCUACGACUACCUGGACGUCUACAAUGGUCACUCCCGAUUGGUGCAGAAGCUAGGUCGUUUCUGUGGGACCUUCAGACCCGGUGCCCUCAUCUCCACCUCCAACACCAUGAUGUUGGAGCUGGUGACGGAUGACUCUACUGGAGGAAGAGGGUUUCUGGCUUCUUUCAAUGCAGGGAAGCCACAUAUGGAAGAGAACCAGUUCUGUGGAGGACGGCUGACCAAAUCGCAGGGCUCCGUCAGGACGCCCAACUGGCCCAACUCUAAUUAUCCAGCGGGUAUCAGCUGCUCCUGGCACAUCUCUGUAGAGCCGAGCAAUGUGAUUGAGGUGAAGUUUGAGAAACUGGAUCUGGAGCCUGACAUGUACUGCCGUUAUGACUAUGUAGCAUUGUUUAAUGGGGGGGAAACAGAUGACUCGAGGAGGAUUGGGAAAUUCUGUGGAGACAAACCACCAGGCACUAUAGUGACAAAUGGGAAUGAGCUCCUUGUCCAGUUUGUGUCUGACCUCAGUGUGACCUCAGAUGGAUUCAUGGCCUUCUACUCCAGCGUGCCUCGUGGGUCCCGCAGACCCACUGCUGGAGGUGACUUCAUCCACAGACCGGAGAUCACCUCCACGAUACAAACAUCAGUCUUGAGGCCGAGCAAACCCACCAAACCCACCAAACCAACCCUGAAACCAACCCCCAAACCCAAACCAAGCCCCAAGCCCAAGGCCAAACCCACCCCCAAACCCAAACCCAACCCCAAGGCCAAACCCACCCCAAAACCCAAACCAAGCCCCAAGGCCAAACCCACCCCAAAACCCAAACCAAGCCCCAAGGCCAAACCCACCCCAAAACCAGCUCCCAAACCCAAACCAAGCACCAAACCCAAACCCACCCCAAAACCAGUCAAAAAGCCAUCAGGAAGGCCACCACUAGUAAAGAAACCUCCACUACGCAGACCUACUGCCAAGCCAGCAGUCAAACCCACAUCUAAACCUACACCAACUAAACCUACACCAACUAAGCCUACACCAACACCCGAAUCUAAACCUGGAAUUAAACCUACACUUAAACCUAAAGUCAUUAAACCAACUCUUAAACCAAGAAUCAAGGCUAAAACCACACCUAAACCUGGACCGAAGACUAAGCCCACCAUAAAACCUAAAGUGAAACCAGUGAAGCCGACCCCUAAGGCGGAAGUUAAACCAACAGUCAAACCUAAGAUGAAGCCCACAUCAUCACCUAAACCAGAAAUAAACGCAACGGUGACAAAGAAGCCUGCUGUGAGCACGAAACCUUUACCACUGAACCCACUGUGCACACAACCUUGUAAGAGGACAGGAACCCUCCAAACCAGCUUCUGCCCUCAUGACUUUGUGAUUACGGGUAAGGUUACAUUUAUAAAUUCUGGUCCAAGGGGCUCAGCAACCAUUGAGGUGUCACUGAUCAAGGCCUAUAAGAGAGGAAGCCUCAACAUCACCAAAUCAGGACCUGUCAAGACAGUCACACUGACUUCUACCUGCAAGAGAUGCCCUGGGCUAAUCAAAAGCCGUAACUACGUGUUGAUGGGAAAAGUUGACGCACAGGGCGACGGACAUUUGAGCCCCUCCAGCUUCACCCUCCUCUAUAAGCCUAUUCAUGCCAAAGCACUGGAUGUCCUUUCUCGCAAAUCAUGCUAACAUCAUGGCCUAAACCACCAAUCAAACUGAUAGCCCUGACUCUUUAAAAAAAAAUUUAAUUUUCAUUAAGAGUGAAAAUAUUAUAAGCAAUAUCCUACAGGAUUUUUUUUAACAUAAUAAAAUAUGGCUGCGAGCAGUUACACUUUAAACAUACAAUAUUAAAUAUUACAUUUUGUAUUUUGUAUGUAAAUUAUAAAGUUCCUGUGUUAAAAGAUACAUAAUUAAACACAGUUUUGG